AUGGCACUUUUUUUAUUGGAACGUCUCCUAGCAUUUGAUCCCAAAUGUCGUCUAACAGCUGCAGAGGCCCUUGCUGAUCCUUACUUCAACGGUAUGGCGAAACAAGAACUUGAACCUUCUAUUCAACCAAUUUCAAAACUUGAGUUUGAGUUUGAAAGGAGGAAGUUAUCAAAAGAUGAUGUUAGAGAGUUGAUUUAUGCAGAGAUUUUAGAGUAUCAUCCCCAGAUGCGUCAGGGUUGUCUACGUGGUGGGGAUCAUCCAACUACCUUCAUGUAUCCAAGGGAGCGGGUUAGUCCUAUCGAGCAGAACAACACUGAGAAUAACAUCGAUUCCGAAAGAAGGAAAGAUAAUUAUGCUCAUCUCUUCAAAAGUGCAAGUAUUAGUGCAUCGAGAUGUGUUGGGGUAAUACCAAAGGAGAAGUCUGAGAAUAUAAACGUGAAAAAGGGAAAGGGAGAUGUCAAAACAAGAACAAGUGAUCGGUUAAGAGCCACGGGGAUCACUGGUUCUAGAAAAUCAUUGGCAACUGGAAUUCAAAAUCUGUCGAGUUUUUCUGAGGAGGUGAAGGCUAUUAAAAAAGAAGAAAAGGCAAGAGAAGAUAGAAGGAGGAAGGGAAAAGCCUCAAUGAAGCCGGAAACAUCUGAGCUUGAAGUGCCCUCUAUGCUCGCAACCCCAACUAAAGUGGGAAUGCCAUACUUUGCACCAUUCAUCGAGACAGAAAAAGAUAUACUCAAAGAAGCAGAAGAUGGGCUUCGAAAGACCAAGAAUUCUGACCACAUAGCCCAUGUUUCGCUGAAUAAAGGCAUGCUGUAA